AUGACCUCACCGACGAUCCCCGAGAACGGCGCCGACGCCGACGGUCGAAAGGUUCAAGCGACCCAACGGUCUCGAUGGGCCACGCGGAAGAUGACGGUCAAGAGCGGUCGCACCAAGCGCCUCUCGCUCUUGAACCGCAUGCAGCACCAUCGACGCGCCGGGUCCAACGAGAAGCAUUCCGCCGGCCAUGGCGCCCACGAGCCUCCGCUCGGGGACCCCGUCGUCGAGGACCGCGACGACGGGGAGGAUCGCGACGAAUCCUCGGAUUCCGACGACAGCGAGGCCAAGACCACCCGCACCCUCUACUUCAACGUCCCCCUCCCCGACUACAUGCUCGAGGACGGCCGCCCGAUCAACAGCUUUCCCCGGAAUAAAAUCCGGACGGCCAAGUACACGCCGCUUUCCUUCAUCCCCAAGAACCUGUGGUUCCAGUUUCACAACGUGGCCAACAUCUUCUUCCUGUUUCUCGUCAUUCUCGUCGUGUUCCCCAUCUUCGGCGGCGUCAACCCCGGCCUCAACGCCGUCCCCCUCAUCUUCAUCUUCAUCGUCACCGCCAUCAAGGAUGCCGUCGAAGAUUACCGAAGAACGAUUCUCGACAUCGAGCUCAACAACGCGCCCGUGCACCGACUCCACAAUUGGCACAAUGUCAACGUCGAGGUCGACAGCGUCUCCGGGUGGAGGGCCUUCAAGAAGGCCACGUCGACCUUUUUCGGCUCCAUCUGGCGUGCCAUCCAGAGCCUGUGGUCCAAGAAGGCGAGGCAGGUCCGGGCCGAACGCAAGAUGCGCAAGCUCAACCCCGCCGAGGAGGACGGCCGCCCGUCGCUCGACACUCUUCACACGACCCGGAGGUCGAUACGCGAAUCCCUGACCUCGCCCUUCUCCGACCGCACCUCGUUCGCCUCGGCCCGCGAGGAAUUUCAGAUGACGCCCGUGCCAUCCCCGACGGCGGCCGACGGCCAUCCUCAUCUCGAGUUCCAGCUGCCCGACGACCAAGACGCCAGGCGCGCCUCGGCCAUCCAGGCCAUGACGUCGGAUCUCAUCAACUACCGCCGCGCGCCCGAAGGGGCCAAGUUCAAGCGCGACACCUGGAAGAGCAUCCAGGUCGGCGACUUCGUCCGCAUCUACAACGACGACGAGCUGCCCGCCGAUGUCAUCAUCCUCUCCACCUCGGACCCGGACGGCGCCUGCUACGUCGAGACCAAGAACUUGGACGGCGAAACGAACCUCAAGGUUCGCCAGGCUCUUCGCUGCGGACGCACCCUCCGCCACGCCCGCGACUGCGAGAGGGCCGAGUUCCGCAUCGAGAGCGAGACUCCGCAGCCGAACCUCUACAAGUACAACGGCGCCAUCCAGUGGGAGCAGCCCGUUCCCGGACACCCCGACGAGCCCGAGGAGAUGAAGGAGCCCAUCACCAUCGACAACCUCCUGCUCCGCGGAUGCAACCUGAGGAAUACAGAUUGGGUCCUCGGCGUCGUCGUCUACACCGGCCACGACACCAAGACCAUGAUGAACGCCGGCAUCACGCCCAGCAAGCGAUCCAGGAUCGCCCGCGAGAUGAACUUCAACGUCGUCUGCAACUUCGGCAUCCUCCUCAUCAUGUGCGUCCUCGCCGCCAUCAUCAACGGCGUCGCCUGGGCCAAGACGGACGCGUCCCUCUACUUCUUCGAGUUCGGCUCCAUCGGUGGCACCGCCCCUAUGAGUGGCUUCAUCACCUUCUGGGCCGCCAUCAUCGUCUUCCAGAACCUGAUCCCCAUCUCCCUCUACAUCACGCUCGAGAUCGUCCGCACGCUGCAGGCCAUCUUCAUCUUCAGCGACGUCGAGAUGUACUACGAGAAGAUUGACCAGCCGUGCAUCCCCAAGUCGUGGAACAUCUCCGACGACGUCGGCCAGAUCGAGUACAUAUUCUCCGACAAGACCGGCACGCUGACCCAGAACGUCAUGGAGUUCAAGAAGGCGACCAUCAACGGCCAGCCGUACGGCGAGGCCUACACCGAGGCCCAGGCGGGCAUGCAGAAGCGCCAGGGCCUCGACGUCGACAAGGAGACGGCGAGGAUCCUGGCCGAGAUCGCCGACGCCAAGGUCAGGGCACUCGAGGACCUUCGGAAGAUCCACGACAACCCGUACCUUCACGACGAGGACGUCACCUUCAUCGCGCCCGAUUUCGUCGCCGACCUGGCCGGCGAGUCGGGGCAGGAGCAGAGGCAGUCCAACGAGGAUUUCAUGCUCGCCCUCGCCCUGUGCCACACCGUCAUCGCCGAGCGGACGCCGGGCGAUCCGCCGAGGAUGAUCUUCAAGGCUCAGUCGCCCGACGAGGAAGCCCUCGUCUCGACCGCCCGCGACAUGGGCUUCGUCGUCCUCGGCAACUCCAGCGACUCCAUCAACCUCGAGGUGCUGGGCGAGGAGCGCCACUACCCGCUCCUCAACACCAUCGAGUUCAACUCGAGCAGGAAGAGGAUGAGCUCCAUCGUGCGCAUGCCCGACGGCAAGAUCGUCCUGUUCUGCAAGGGCGCCGACUCCAUCAUCUACGCGCGCCUGAGGAGGGGCCUGCAGCAGCAGCUGAGGAAGCAGACGGCCGAGCACCUCGAGAUGUUUGCCCGGGAGGGCCUGCGGACGCUCUGCAUCGCCCGACGGGAGUUGACGGAGCAGGAGUACAAGGAAUGGAAGGUGCAGCACGACGCCGCCGCCGCGGCGCUCGAGAACCGCGAGGAGAAGCUCGAGGCCGUGGCCGAGCUCAUCGAGCAGGAUCUGAUGCUGCUCGGCGGCACCGCCAUCGAGGAUCGUCUCCAGGACGGCGUGCCCGACACCAUCGCCCUGCUCGGCCAGGCCGGCAUCAAGCUCUGGGUCUUGACCGGCGACAAGGUCGAGACGGCCAUCAACAUCGGCUUCUCCUGCAACCUGCUCAACAACGACAUGGAGCUGAUCCACAUGAAGAUUGACGAGGACGAGCUCGGCGAGACGAGCGACGACACCUUCCUCGACAUGACGGAGAGCAUCCUCGACGAGAACCUGGCCAUCUUCGGACUCGAUGGCGGCGACGAGGACCUCGCCCGGGCGAGGAAGACGCACGAACCGCCGGCGCCCACGCACGGCCUCGUCAUCGACGGCUUCACCCUCCGCUGGGCGCUCAACGACCGGCUGAAGCAGAAGUUCCUCCUCCUCGGCAAGCACUGCAAGUCCGUCCUGUGCUGCCGCGUGAGCCCCGCCCAGAAGGCUUCGGUCGUGGCCAUGGUCAAGAACGGGCUGGACGUCAUGACGCUGUCCAUCGGCGACGGAGCCAACGACGUGGCCAUGAUCCAGGAGGCCGACGUCGGCGUCGGCAUCGCCGGCGUCGAGGGCCGCCAGGCGGCCAUGUCGUCCGACUACGCCAUCGCCCAGUUCCGCUUCCUCCAGAGGCUCGUCCUCGUCCACGGCCGGUGGUCGUAUCGACGCCUGGCCGAGAGCAUCAGCAACUUCUUCUACAAGAACAUGGUGUGGACCUUUGGCAUCUUCUGGUUCGAGAUCUUCGCCGACUUCGACAUGACGUACCUCUUCGACUACACGUACAUCCUGAUGUUCAACCUCUUCUUCACCUCGGUGCCCGUCGCCAUCAUGGGCGUGCUGGACCAGGACGUCUCGGACAAGGUCUCGCUGGCCGUGCCCGAGCUCUACCGGCGGGGCAUCGAGCGGCUCGAGUGGACGCAGCGCAAAUUUUGGCUCUACAUGAUCGACGGCAUCUACCAAUCCGUCAUGGUCUUCUUCAUCCCCUACCUGCUCUUCGUCCCCUCCCGUCCGGUCUCGUCCAACGGGCUGGGUUUGGAGGACCGGUUGCGAUUCGGAGCGUACAUUGCGCACCCCGCCGUCGUGACGAUCAACGGGUACAUCCUCAUCAACACGUACCGUUGGGACUGGCUCAUGCUGCUCGUCGUGGCCAUCAGCGAUCUCUUCAUCUUCUUCUGGACGGGCAUCUACACGUCCUUCCCGUCGUCGGGCUACUUCUACAACACGGCCGCCCAGGUGUACGGCGAGCUGACCUUUUGGGCCACCUUCUUCAUCGUGCCCGUCAUCUGCCUCUUUCCGCGCUUCGCCAUCAAGGCGAUGCAGAAGGUGUACUGGCCGUACGACGUGGACAUCAUCCGGGAGCAGGAGAAGAUGGGCAAGUUUGCCCACCUCUCGGCCGGCGAGGGCGACGGGCCCAACGCGGGCGAUGACAAGAGCCAGAAAUCUCGUUCGUCCAACAGCUCCAAGAAGGCAGCGAAGCACUUGGCUUACGGUAGUGUCGAUGAAGACUUGCGGCCAAUCUACCCGCCCUCGACGGCGACGCGCGCCACCAUGCACAACCGCGCCCAGGACGGCAGCGACUCGACGAGCUUCACGCCGAACCGAAUGUCGCUCGACACGCCGCCGGUGAACUACAUGUCCGACACGCCACCGCAGGGCAGGACGUCGAUCGACCGCACGAGGCCGUCGUACGACCGGAUGCGCAUGUCGAUGGACCACAUCAGGCCGAGCUACGAGGCCAGCGCCGACUUCACCUCGGCCGCGCGCCUGACGCGCAUCGAAUCCAGCGCGAGCCAGGACGUCCACACGGGCGGACGAAUCCGGUCCAGGCUGCGCGGUCUUUCGCUGACCAAGAAAGCCAAUCAUUAG